AUGCCCACACUAUCUUCUUUGCCAGUUCGUCUAUUGUAUACGUUAGGCGCGGUCGUGCUUCUUGCUUCGCGUGCAGAAGCAGCGCGCGCGUUGGACAUACCCUGCCCAGAUCCCUUCACCGAUCCCAAGAAUGACAUCUGCAAUCCUCUGCGGUACAUACCCACUACGGCCUUAACGGCGGUAUCCUUCAGCCUCAUCCUCGCCGUCGGUAUUACUCAGACGCUGUGGACAUGGAGAUACGGUGCAAAGUGGAUGAUGGCAAUGACCAUAGGCUGCUACACCUUCGCCGUUGGCCUUGCCCUCCGCUUCGGCCUCCAUGAUGACCCGCAGUCAACAGGCAUCUACAUCGCUUUUUACCUUUUGACUGUGCUAUCGCCAUGCGCGUUCAUCGCUGCCGACUAUGUGUUGCUCGGACGUAUCGCCAGAGCUCUCGGUUGCGGACAGUACCUUGCCAUCUCCCCACGACGCAUCACCACUGUAUUCGUCACCUCCGACAUCACGACUUUCCUCAUCCAGGCCGCGGGAGGUGGUCUAUCGACUUCUGGCAAGAAGAAUCCCGAGCUAUCCUUGACGGGCUCCCGAAUCUUCCUGGCUGGCUUGGCCUUGCAAUUGGCUUCGUUCGCCGUCUUCACGUUCAUCUACUUGCUGUUCCUCUACCGGGUCUACAAGCACAAACCGUCAGCUUGGAGCCAGGACAAGGGAAUGCCGUGGUACAAGAACUGGCUCUCGCUUGCCGGGGCGCUGUCGCUCAGCUGUGUUGGUAUUCUGAUCCGUUCUGUCUACCGUACCAUUGAACUCUCUGAGGGUUUCAACGGCCCGCUCGCUACGAACGAAGCCUUGUUCUACGGCUUGGACACGUUGCCUCUUUUCAUCGCCAUCGCCGUCUACAUCCCGUUCUGGCCUGGGCGGUACCGCUUGGACGAUGCCGCGGCAGCGAAGGAGCUUGCGGAGACGACGAUAGUCGGCAACGAGAACAAGACAUCGCAGGAAGGAGUCAGUCAUUAG